UAUACUGAUUGGUUUAGUAAAAGCUUUUCGUGCGAAUUGAGGAACUCUUUUCGUUUUCAUUUUAAACAAUUUUACUUUAUAUAGAUAGAUAAAGUUUUCUAAAAGUGGUUUUGAUUAUCGCAAGAAUAAUGGAUUCAAUGCCCUUCGACUUCGGAAUAGUGGAUUCUACGCUAUUGGACCCCCCUGAUGUAUUUGAAAAAGUGUCUACUUCGGAUUGCAAACCUUUUAUUUUUGAGGAAGAUGUUGUACGUCAAAAAUGGAAAGACUUGACUAAAAUAGAAGAUCAUGUAGUACGUGCGUUAGAUAAUUUAGGAGAUGUAUUCCAUUUGAUUAUCGAUGAAAGUGGCAAUCCAACUAAUGUUAGAAGGUCUACAGAGAAGUCCUUGAAUAGCAUUAUGAAGGCAGGGAAAAACAUAGAAAACUUUUGUAGAGAUAUGCCUGAAGAAUUGGAUGAUUUCAGCACGAAUUCUCAUAAAAGACUUUCUACUUUGAGAUUAAAGUUUCUAACAAGAGAAAAUAUGAUGCUGCAAGUGGAAUUUGAUAAGUCGAUAAAAUUGUCAGAGAAGCAUAAGCAAGAAAAUCUCGAAUUACUUGAAAGGAAAUCCGGUACUGGCUUGGGUAGUAAACAUAAAAGUAAAAACGAUUUUAACGGAGUUAUUGAUGCAGCAUUUCCAUAGAUAAAUUUCUCAG